CUCCUGCCCAGGCCCAGAUCAUCCAUGCUGGGCAGGCAUGUGUUGUAAAGGAAGAUAACAUCAGUGAAAGAGUGUACACUAUUCGGGAAGGUGACAUCCUUGUUCUGCAGUGUUUGGUUACAGGGCACCCACGGCCACAGGUGAGGUGGACCAAAACUGCUGGCAGCGCUUCGGACAAAUUCCAGGAGACAUCGGUGUUAAAUGAGACCCUUCUGAUUGAGAAGAUCCACAGGCUUCAGGGGGGUCGUUAUUACUGUAAAGCAGAGAACGGGGUUGGGGUCCCUGCCAUCAAGUCCAUUCGAGUAGAUGUGCAGUAUUUGGACAAGCCCGUCCUUACUGUCCAUCAAACUAUCAGUGAUGUCCGUGGGAGUUUUUAUCAUGAGAAGACAGUCUUCCUUCGAUGCACAGUCAGCUCUAAUCCACCUGCUCGCUUCAUCUGGAGAAGGGGUUCCGAGACUCUUUCCCAUAGUCAGGAUAAUGGAGUGGAUAUCUAUGAACCAUUGUACACAGAGGGGGAAACAAAAGUUCUGAAACUGAAAAAUCUACGACCCCACGACUAUGCCAGUUAUACAUGCCAGGUAUCUGUCAGAAAUGUGUGUGGCAUCCCUGAUAAGACAGUCACAUUCGAGCUUACCAACACAACUGCUCCACCAGCUCUAAAACUAUCUGUGAAUGAGACUUUAGUGGUAAAUCCAGGGGAUAAUGUUACCAUAUACUGUUCGUUAACAGGCGGGGAUCCUUUGCCUCAGGUAGUCUGGUCUCACUCACCUGGUCCUAUGCCUCUGAACAGCCUGAUUCAAGGGGGCAACCUUACCAUCUGGGGCAUUCAAACCGAAGAUUCAGGUUAUUACAACUGUACAGCCAUCAACAAUGUUGGGAAUCCAGCCAAGAAGACAGUGAACCUAUUGGUGCGAUCCAUGAAGAAUGUAACAUUCCAGAUCACUCCUGAUGUCAUCAAAGAGAGUGAAACCAUCCAGCUAGGGCAGGACCUGAAGCUCUCAUGCCAUGUGGAUGCUGUCCCCCAAGAAAAAGUUUUCUACUUCUGGUACAAGAAUGGGAAGCUGGCCAAAUUCUCAGAUCGGGUAGUUGUCAUCAAGAAUGACCCGGAACUUCCCCCCGUGACAAGCAGCCUAGAGAUAAUUGAUCUCCGUUUCACUGAUUAUGGUACAUACCUGUGUGUGGCAUCUUUCCAAGGAGCACCCAUCCCUGACCUGAGUGUCGAGGUGAACAUUUCUUCAGAAACAGUGCCUCCAACGAUCAUGGUGCCCAAGGGUCAAUCCAUCAUUACUGUCCGUGAAGAUUCGAGAGCAGAGUUACAGUGUGAAGUCCGAGGGAAACCCAAACCUCCUAUCAUCUGGUCCAGAGUUGAUAAAGAGGCUCCUAUGCCUUCGGGAACCAUGACAGUGGAGUCAAAUGAUGGGAAGCUGCAUUUUGAGAAGGUGACUCAAAAAAUGAGUGGGAUUUACAAAUGCCAGACAGCCAGAUACAAUGGCUUCAACAUUAGACCCCGAGAAGCCCUGGUGCAACUCAACGUACAGUGUGAGUAUAAAUGA